GUGCAGAUCUUCGUGGGUCAGGGGGGUGCGCAAAUAGCAGAUGCGUGCUGGGAGCUCUUUACACAGGAGCACUACAUUACACCAAGUGGCGAGCCCAGUGUGUGUCCACUGGGUCAAGAGCAAGGCGACUGCGAUGGCUCCGCCUUCUUCAACCUUACUCAGCGCGGAUUCUACGUUCCCCGCACGCUUAUUGUUGACACCGAACCAUCUGUCAUUGACGAAAUACGGAUGGGGGUCUAUCGAAAUCUCUUCCAACCCAGCAGUCUCAUAAGCGGCUGUGAGGAUUCAGCUUCAAAUUUCGCUCGAGGCUACUAUGGACCUCCAUGUUCAAUUAUUGAUGCUUCGUACAAUUCCAUUCGUCAUCUAGCGGAGGCCUGCGACCUCCUCCACGGUAUCAUCUGCUAUCGAACUUAUGGAGGUGGCACUGGUAGCGGACUGGGAUGCAGGCUGCUACAACACACGGCAGAUGAGUUUUGCAAGAUUUCGCGCAUGGAUUUUGGGGUGAUUCCUGGCGUUGCGCUGUCCUCAGGCCCCGUGGAGCCGUAUAACGCCGUACUGGCUACACAAGUGCCAGUGGAACACGUUAAUCUUGUCAGUCUUGUGGAUAAUAUGGCACUCCAGCGCAUUUGCUCCUGCCUCCUUAAAAUUACCAAGCCCAGCUUCACCUCACUCAACCGCAUCAUUGCUCAGUGUAUGAGUGGAUUGACCUCAACCUUUCGAUUCCCUGGACCUACAACCAUCACCAUGAUGGACCUCUAUACCAAUCUUGUUCCCUAUCCUGAUGCCCAUUUUGCUAUGAUCGGGUUUGCGCCAUUGUUUGACCUAGAGACAGCCAGCAAGGGCCAGGUGGAUACAACGCAACUUACAGAAUCUGUAUUCGCUCCCGAAAACCAACUGGUGCAUCAACAUGAGGAGGAACUAAACAUGUAUCUCACUUGCUGCCUCUUUUACCGUGGCAAUGCGAGUGUCCGUGAGGUCAACACCUGCAUAGACGAAAUGCGCUCCUCCAACCGUCUCCCCUUCGUUGACUGGUGUCCAACUGGUUUCAAGGAAGGCAUUUCGUAUCAGCCAAUGACAACCAUAGAGGCGAGUAGAAUUGGACCUUCGGACACCUCAGUGAUGGCGCUGCACAACUCAACCCUCUUCAGAACACCUCUUCACGAGCUCACACAGGCUGUGGAGACACUGUUGAAGCGCGGUGCAUUCCUCCACUGGUACAACGCAGAGGGCCUCGAACGUAAUGAGAUCGAAAACGCUUUAGGCGGACUCAAAAAACUUGAGUCAGACUACAAUUCGGCAAGCAUUUUGAACUACAGCCAAAUUUUCAUUGCCACUUGA